GAACAACUUGCAGCAUUCCUUACUUGACGUUGGCGCGUCGCGUGGCCUUCUCAUGCACGACCUCUGCUUCUCAAUCGUUCGGGGUGCGAAUCAUUGUCGUUUCUGUCGCUUCCACUUCGCGCCGAGCCAUUGGCGACGUGAGAUAUCUUUGUUGAACACCCGAGAUUCUCGAUCGGCAGUUGGUUUGUUGGAGCGGAAGAGCUUUUGGGCUUUCAGAUCUGUGGCACGAGUCGGACGGGUCGACUUUCUUCCAGCACCACACCGACACGGGCUUUCUGAUCUUGCCUGUGGAGCAGGCCAACCUUCCAUGCCUACUUGUAUCGUGGCGCUCGACGAAAUGUCCUCAGACGGCCCCGUCUUCCCCUUCCCACGUCCCCAAGUGCAUACGUAGUUCUCGACGUAGUUGCUGCUCCACCUCACGGCCUCAUCAUCCUCACGAUCUUCCUUCAUCAUGUCUACAACCGCGGUAUCAACGCCGACGCGCACGUCCCUCGACGAGAAGCGCGGCGACAAGGAGGCGCUGCACACGCCAACCACGAAUGAUUCAUUUGCGCGCGAAAUCGAGUCGCACGCGCCGAGAUGGCGGGGACGAACGCUCACCCGCUUCCUCUCGUUCAUCGCUGGCACAGGCUUCACGCUCUUCGGGUAUGCUCUCUCCGACGUCCUCUUGGUUUGCUGCUCAUGCGGUGCACGUCAGUUACGAUCAGGGUGUGAUGUCAGCACUGCUGACGUCGAACCAGUGGGAAAAGACGUUCCCCAAUACGGUUGCGAGCGCCGCCCACCCCAACCGCGCUACGUUACAAUCCUUCGUUGUUGCUGUCUACGAGAUCGGAUGUCUGCUCGGUGCGCUGUCGAACUUGUGGAUCGGUGACCGGCUCGGUCGCAGGAAGACCAUCUUCCUUGGCGGAGCGGUCAUGAUCAUCGGUGCCAUCCUCCAGACGACCUCGUUCUCCUACGGCCAGAUGGUGGUUGCCCGAAUCGUCACUGGUGUCGGCAAUGGCUUGAAUACUUCGACGGUCCCCGCUUACCACGCCGAGUGUGCGCCACCGGAGAAGCGCGGAAGUUACAUUGUCAUUGAAGGUGCCUUGAUCGCGUUCGGUAUCAUGUCCUCGUACUGGAUCGACUUUGCGCUCUACUGGGCCAAGGGAUCGUCGGCGCAAUGGCGUGUGCCUAUUGCAGUGCAGAUUCUGCUGGCACUAAUCAUGAUCCUCGGAGUACUCUUCCUGCCCGAGUCGCCACGUUGGCUCGCUAAGCAGGGCCGCACUGCCGAGACACUUGCUGUCCUCUCUGCGCUCGAGGACAAGCCUUUUUCUGAUCCCGGCGUCCAGCACACGUAUCGUGGCAUCCAGGAGUCCCUCGAUGGCGAAGCGACCGGGGCGUCGUCCAGCAACCUCAAGGUUCUUUUUACGCACGGCCCGAAGCAGAACUUCCGCCGCGCGUUCAUCGCAGUGACCUGCCAGUGCUUCCAACAAAUCACGGGUAUCAAUCUGAUCACGUACUACGCUACCAUCCUGUUCCAACGGCUCGGUCUCAGCGACACCACGUCUCGAAUCAUCGCUGCCUGCAACGGGACUGAGUACUUCAUGGCUUCGAUCGUCGCCAUCUACCUCGUGGACCGUAUUGGCCGACGGCCGCUGAUGCUAAGCUGCUCGGCUGGCAUGUGUCUGACGAUGGUCCUCCUCGCCAUCCUCGGCAAGGUGAACAACAGCGCUGCGAACGUCGUCUCGGCCGUGCUCUUGUUUGUCUUCAACACCUUCUUCGCGAUCGGCUUCCUCGGAAUCACCUGGCUGUAUGCGGCUGAAAUCGUCGGCAUCAAUAUCCGUGCGCCGGCGAACGCGCUGUCUACUGCGUCCAACUGGUGCUUCAACUUCAUGGUGGUCAUGGUCACCGGGCCGUCGUUCCAGAACAUCGGCUGGGGGACGUAUAUCGUCUUCGCCGCGCUCAACGCCUUCAUCUUCCCCGUCACGUACAUCCUCAUGCCCGAGACCAAGGGCCGCUCCCUCGAGGACAUGGAUCUGAUCUUCGCCCUGGCCUACCGCGAGGGCGUCUCCCCCGUCGCCGUGGCCAAGCGUAAGGACAUCCCGCAGACGGGCACGCCCGAGGCCGACGAGGUGCUCGGCAUCAGCGUCGCUGAGCGCGAGAGGCGCCGCGUGGAGGCGGACAAGUCCGACCGUUCGUCGUCCCCCGCCAGCACGCCCAUCGACGCAUGAUGCACCCAACCAACCAACCCAAAAAAUAGAGCCAGAGCAACUGAGUAGAGACCUCUGCGUGUACGAACGACGCCCGCCGCGGUUGAUGCAUGCGGUAGUGCACCUGCGGAUCGACUUAGUAUCCGCUGACAUAUCCUAUUUGCCUGCAAUGCAGCAAGAGCUCACUGGAUUGUUGUGUACUUGAUGUAUCCAAUGUAUUAGACGUAAUUCAUGCAUGAUCACGAUACCUUUUCAUUAUCACAGCAGCA